GAACCAAUACGUACCGUGUUUGUGUGUAGUGCGUCGCGACCAUUGGUCUACAAUUUGCCGACCAAUCAUUGGGAAAGUGCACAGUAAAAUAUCCAAUUGUCUCUCUUAUUAUUAACAUCACUAAAAAAUGGAACAACAAAUAGCCACAACAGCCGACGGGCAAGUGGUUAUACAACCCAUACAGGGUGUUGCGCCUCAACAGGUACAAGUUAUGCAGAUGAACGCAGGCCAGGUGAUCCAAGGUGCCAACGGCCAACAGAUAAUGGUACACACAGUACCGCCUGGUGGUCAAAUACAGGUGGCAGCACCAGGAGGUGCGCAGGGACUUCAACAGAUACAGGUUGUGCCAGUUAGUAGUCUCCAACAGGGACAGGUAUUGGUGCAGCCACAACAACAAGCAGCUCAAAUUGUACAGACGGCAGACGGCCAGACAUUUAUAUACCAUCCAAUGACCAUAGAUAGCGGUGGCAUACAACAAGCCACACCAACAGUAUUGAACAUAAAUGGAAAUCUCGUACAAAUAGCUGGUGCUCCGCAAGCCGCUACAACUAAUAAUACCGUAACACAAACAACGGUAGCUUCACCCACGUCGCAACAGGUGGUACCUCAAACGUUGACGACGGUAUCCCCCAAUCAACUAGCUAUGGCUAACGGAAAUAUAGUCAUGGUGAGAAGUGCCACCGAUAUGGUACCAAGCACAAGCGGUCAGCAGUUCCAAAGAGUACAAAUACCCGGUACAGAAUUCCUAGAAGAAGAACCCUUAUACGUGAAUGCAAAGCAGUACAGAAGGAUACUUAAAAGAAGACAGGCUCGUGCUAAAUUAGAAGCCGAGGGGAAAAUACCCAAGGAAAGACCGAAAUACCUCCAUGAAUCCAGACAUAGGCAUGCCAUGAAUAGGAUAAGAGGCGAGGGAGGUAGAUUCCAUUCGGGUUCGGUUAAGAAGAGAAAGGAAGCGGAAGAACUGGCAAGGCAGCAGCAACAGCAACAACAGCAGCACCAACAGCAACAGACGCAUCAUGAGGUUCAGGGGACCAUCGGUGUGUCUUAUAGCAACAUCGAGAUGGGGACCCCUAUAAUAAUUGAGAAUGUAAUGCCAGACCUAAUGAAAUCAGACCCUCUUUCGAUAGAAGGCAAUUAGUAGACCGUUUUUUUUUUAUUUAUUGAUAAAUGUUGAACAUUGUUGUACAUAACUUUGAUAUUUAAUUGAUGUUUUUUUUUUAUAGAAAAAGAAAUGUAUUUGGUUAUUUGUCUCGUUAGACAUAUCGAUAUUUUUAUUGUUUCAUUUUUUACGCAAAUAGUAGUUGUAAGUCCCUUUUGUACAAUUGUUAAUACCACAUGACUGAUAAAUUUAUAACUAGUUGUAAUUGGAGAACGUAAUACUAUUAUGUUAAAUAAAGCUUUUUUAGU